AUGCCUGCUCCUGCAGAGCCUUAUAUUGCUCUUGGCGUGGAAACCGUCGUCGCUCUGCUUGUUUCAACUGUCACAAACAUCCCUACCAUGUUUCUUCAUAGAGGCAGGAUUGAGCAAAUCCCAUGUUCAGCCUUACUGCCGCAGGUUUAUAUUAUUGCGAUCAACAUUUGCAAGCAUCAUCGUGACUUGCGGGGCCCAUCAUCCGAACACGCCUUUACUCUAACAACCCAAGUCGCCAAUUAUACUGAAACAGUAAAAGACGAAUCAGGCCUAGCCCUAAAGUCUCAAAUUAAACAAUUGAGAUGUAUUGUCUCAGGUCGCCCUGGCCUUCCUUACUGA